AUGAAUUACAAAGAGUCUUCACUGAGGGGUACGCCGUCGCCCGAGCAGAUCCGGCGCUUCGACGUCACCCUGGACGACCCGGGCUGCGUGUACUUCUCCGGAGACGUCGUCAGCGGCAAAGUGCGUGUCGACUUGGACAACUGCCUCACCGUUCAAGGCAUCACGGUGCGCAUUGUGGGCGAGGCGGCGGUGAGCGUGACGUCAGAGCCUCCCGCGCCGCGGCCGCGACUCAGGAAGAACAAGAUUCACCUGGUCGUCAGGGUGUGGCGUCCUUCCAGCAGCCCCGGGGUGGCCGACGUGACGAGCGAGCUGUGCCCGGGCUGCCGCGCCGACGACUGGUUCCGCUCCAGCGAGAAGUACUUCGAGCACAAGUUCUACGUCUUCGGCCACAAGUACAGCAGUCGGCGCGAGCGGUUGUGGGCGGGCUCGCACCAGUUCCCGUUCCGCGUGGCGCUGCCCACCAAGCUGCCCGCCUCCUUCCACGGCCGCUUCGGCUUCGUGCGCUACCUGUGCGAGGCGACGCUGGAGCGCGCCGGCGCGCCCGGACUCACGCACCGCGCGCCCUUCAGCGUCAGCUGCAUCGCCGACCUCAACGCCGAGCCCAAGGCAGAGAGCGGCGCCUACGAGCAGCGCAGCACAAACUCGUGUCUGUUCUGCUGUAAGAAGGGCACGGUGAUCGCCUCGGCUAAGGUGAAGAGGACGGGCUUCGUUCCUGGCGAGGAGAUCGCCGUCUCCGCCGACAUCCUCAACAUGAGCGACCGGCCCAUCUACCGCACGAGCGCUCGCCUCAAGCAGGUGGUGACGUACCUGUCGAGCCGCGGGCUGCGCAGCCACGUGGACGAGCGCGUGGUGGCCGAGGUGAGCCGCGGCGCCGUCGCCAGCGGAGACUCCGACGCGUGGCACGAGGUUCCGCUCACCGUACCGCCGGUGCCGCCCUCCUCGCGCUUCACCAACUGCUGCAAGCUCAUGGACAUCGACUACCGCCUCGACCUGCUGGUGGAGCUGGAGACGGAGCCGAUGGAGCUGCGGCUGCCGCUGUGGCUGGGCACGGUGCCACUGUGCAAGCAGUUCCCCAACCUGCUGGCCGCUGCGGACGUCGACCCCGGCCUCUCCAGGGUGCGCUUCCCGGCCGCCACCAUGGCCAAGUACCCAGACCUCCCCGUGUCGACGGGCGAGCCGUGCGUGUUCGGGCCGCGGCCGCUGGACGGCUACUUCUGGCGCCGGCGGCCGCUGGAGCGCGCGCCGGGCGUGCGCACGUCGGACCGCGGCUGGGCGCCGCGCUACCCCACGUACCGGCCGCGGCCGCCGCCCGAGGGCACGGUGCGCGCGCUGCUGCGCCAGUCGGGCGCGCACCAGCUGCCCACCAUCGUCAUCACGCGGCCCCCGGGGCUCUGCGCGCGCCACCACCACGCCGCCGCCGCCGCCGCCGCCGUCGCCGCUGCAGACGCCACGGAGGUGGGCGCCGCCGAGGGCAACGGCGCCUCUCGUCGGGGCCGCGCCUCCGCCCGCAGGCACUCCGCGCCCGACCACCUCAUGGUCGAGCCCGCGCAGUGA